ACAAAUUUGGUGUUUCGUUUGAGCCAUGGAUUCUGUAUCAAGGCAACAAUAUGCAACUCCUCUUCUCCUUUGCCCUGGCGCACAAUUUAUAAACAAAGAAGACGAGUUUCGUGGACACAAUUCGGAGAGUUACCAUAUCUUUCAGAUGCUAAAUACGACAAGUCAUCAUUAUCAUCUUCAUCACACAUCAUUCCCUUAGAUUGUAACAAUGACGGUACCUAUGACAAUAUCACAUGCAAGAUUUGCACGAAUACGUUUGUCGGUGCCCCAUUUUAUUCCUGCAAUUACAAAGAAUGUUUCUACAACAUUUCACAAUCAUCUACUACUAUUGGCUUCCACAGAGAGUGUAUCGAACCACUAUCGAUGUACCCAUAUCAUCCUAAACAUUCUCUCCGAUUUCUUGAUAAUUUUUUUUAACUAAAAUUUGCAAAUGAUGUUUAUCUCUUCAAUAUUGGGUUUACGACUGCUCUAUAUGCGAUUUUACUAUGUGUCGAGGUUGUACGAGAAAGCCACCGCUCCUUGCAAUAGACCAUCCAAAAAGGCAUGAGCAUUCCCUCUUCUACUUUUCUAUAAAAGGUUCCUUCCUUUGUGACGUUUGUGCUUUGGAUCAUAGGUCUUUGAUGUAUUCAUGUCGUAACUGUGAUUUUAAGGCCCAUAAAGAUUGCGUGUACCUGCCAUCCAUCGUGAGAAUAUCACGUCACCAACACCGCCUUUCUUUCACUUCUUCACUAACUCCUGAAAAAUGGUUUUGUGGAGUGUGUCGUGGAAAGAUAGACACAAAUUAUGGAAGAUAUUCUUGCGUCAAAGGUUGCAGUUAUGGUGUUCAUUCUAAAUGUGCAACACGAGAGGAUGUAUGGGAUGGAAAAGAACUUGAAGGGCAAACAGAAGAUCCAUAUGAAGAUAUCAAGUCGUUCGAUGAGAUAAGUGAUGGAAUCAUACAACAUUUCAGUCAUCAAAAUCAUCAUAUGAAACUCGACGAUGAGACCAAUAGAAAAUUUGACGAGAACAAACGUUGUCAAGCAUGCACACUUGCUAUAUGUGAUGAAAUUAUUUACAGCUGCAUGCAAUGUGAUUUUAUUCUCCAUCAAGACUGUGCACAACUUCCUCUCAGGAAACAACACCCGACGCAUCCUCAUCCCCUUAGUUUACAAGUGGAUUACCAAAACAGUUGGUUCAAAUGUAAAGCUUGUUAUCGUGAAAGCAACGGUUUCAAGUACUUUUGUUUGGAAAGGAAGUGUAAGUAUGAGUUAGAAGUAUGUUGCGCGUCCAUACGUGAGCCAUUGGAUCAUCAGUGUCAUCCACAUCCCUUGUUUUUCACAGCUAAACCACAAACUAAACAAAUAUGUUCAAUUUGCCAAGUACCUCAAAGUCAUCAACUAAACUGCGGAGAAUGUGGUUUUGUUUUGUGUUUUAGGUGUGCUACUUUACCCAAUAAAUUAAGGUAUAAGCACGAUGAGCAUUUUCUCAUUUUUACUUACGAUAAAAAUGCUAGCGGUCAGUAUUGGUGUGAUGUUUGUGAAAAAGAAGCAUGUUCUAGAUACGGAAUUUAUGUGUGCAAUAAUUGCAACGUCACACUGCAUCAUGAAUGUUUUCAUGGUAAAGAUAUGCAUCUCAUGCCUGGUGGAACAUUCAAAUAUUGUGAAGAGAACGUCAAUAUUAUUCUCAAUAAUCGUUUUACUCGUAAUAUAUGCAUGAGUUGCCAUAAUCGUUGUGAAGAAAAAAUAGUAUACAAAAUAUGUGCUAGAGAAAUCAUAUUGUGCUCUUUUGGUUGUCUACAAUAUUAUUGUUAGUAAUAUUGUUCAAUGUGUUU